AGUAUGCUAGAUUUGGUUGGAUGAAACGAAAUGACAAAGCCAGUUAAACCGUCAUGGCCAAAAUCAUUCCUCGACUUGGUCUUGUUCGUCAAGUUGUAUAUACGAUCUUUAGGUUUAGUUGAGUUGUGAAAUCAAAAUUUGGAGGAAAUUUUGUUUCAUAAUUCAUACAUUCGUAAAUUUUAUGGGUAUACAUUUUAUGGGUAUACAUAUUUUUUAAAUUUAAAGAUGUGGUUUUAGUGGGCACUACAGAUUUCAAAUGCAUGUAUAAAAAAUUGCAAGUUUCUGUUCAUUUCUAAAAAUUUUCUUAAAACUAAAAAAUGGGUGAAGGACGGUGCCGAUGUUGUUGCGUAACGUAUCAAACCCGGGUGACUUUAUUUGCGGUGACAAAUGUCUUUCUGACCACCGUUCAACUCUUCCUUCCCAUGAUCUCGUCCAGUUUUAUCCUCUAUUUCACCGCAACGAAGCAAUCUUUUCAAGCCAAGUAUGUCUUACAUGAGGAAACAAUGAGCAUUUUUCAGCGAAUUCCUUCCAUCGUAUUACGACCACCGGAUUCCAGUCAAAUCACCGUGGAGGAUGUUGGAAUGCCACACUCUCCGCUACAGUCAGACUUGCAUGUCUGGGCGUCCUGGAUAUUCGUGAAGGUGGUCAUGUUGGCCUACGCUGUGGUUUUGUACACGGGGGCGAGAAAGAAAAGUUACAACCUUGUCGUUUCCUGGUUCGCGUUAAACAUUCCAAUGGCCCUCCACUCCGCCCUGCUGCUCGGAAUGGACGCCAGUCUCGGCCUUUUGCGUCGAAAGCCGUUAAAUUUCCAAAUUUAUCAAGGAAUUCUUGUUGCGUACAAUUUCCUGGGCCUUUUGUUCGUCUACUUUUUUCUGAGGAGGAUCCACUCUCGGAGAGGGGUCAGGUACCACCCAGAGUUUAAGAGGGAUGGGACCGAUGGGAAAUUUAGGGAUCCGGCCAGUCUCCAUUUGUAAUGUAAUUUCGUUGCCGUCAUGUAUGGGCCGUCACGACGAGACUUUGAAGUUGAUGAACGCUACUAUAUCGAAGAACAUUAAAAAUAGUGAGAUUAUAUACGUAUGAAAAUUAUGAAUAUUAUAAUUAUUAAAUUACUGGUCAAGAUUAAUGGCGGGGGAUGAAUUUGUUUGUUUAAAAUUAUUGUAAGCUAUAUAACCUGCCGAAAUAAAAUAAAAUAAAUUUCAUAACCAUA